AAAGAGAAUGAAUGAGUAAUCAAUGAUGAGAAAGUGAUGAAAAUGGAUUUUGUUUUGGACGUUUUUAGUCAUUUGUCCUAUAGACACAUUUUUGAAGAUGAAGAACCGGUGGUGGAGAGAUGAUAACACUACCUACAUUAAAUUACGUACACCAAUUUCCACUCUUUCUUUCCUGUUAUCAACCUUAAAGCAUCUCAUGGACUUUUUUCCUUUGCUGCCUUCUUUUUCUUGCUUAACUAAACCAAUCAAAAUAUGGGCUUCGGCUUUAGGCUAAAUCUCAAGUUGGAUUUUCCUUUUCAUUCUCCUAAUUCACCUUCCAGGCUCUCUUCAUCACCAUCAUCAUCUUUUGUUAGAGGCAGGGAGGCUACUAGCUAUCAGUCAAGAUUGUCUUUUCUGUCUGUUAUAUCUGAAGAGGGUGACAUUGCUCAUAGAGAUCCUUUAAAGACAUAUGCUUAUUCAUAUGCGGUGCAAACCGUAGAGAAUGAGCAUUCACAAGGGGAGGGAUUUAAGGUGAAUUUUGGCAAGAGAUCUCACUUUGGCUUAAAUAUAAUUGGUGAUGCUGAAGUGUCUCUUAAAGAGGACAUUUUUGUCUCACCUUCAAGCACAAAAGAGAGGACUUCGCGCUUUAGUUUGUUAUUGGAAAAUCUCAAUAUCUUAGAGCAGUCAUUUGCUGAUUCAGAUGCAUCGAAGUUGGAAGAGGACAUUCUGCUACAAUUAGGAAAGCUUGGAGCUCUAAAACUAUUCAAUACAUGCCUUACAAGAACUCUUGAAACCACAAAUGUUUUGGAAGUGUCAGAUGUUCAUACUGAAAUUAUUGGAGAAUGUAAUAUAAAUGGCACGUCAAUUAAUAAUCAGAUUAAAGUUGUUGUCCACACUGCAAAAAAGGAAGAAAGAAAAUCUAGAAGAGAAAGAGCCUCGGCAAGAAAAGGCCAUAAAUCUCCUUCUCUGCCAUUGCCUUCCAGACCCAUUCAAAGUGGUUCUGAAAAGCCUACCGUUUCUUCUGGCAAGAAAGCAUCAAAAUCAAAGAGUAGGAGAUUGAUAAUUGCUCGAAAUGAGGCAGAAAUGGCAAGGGGAAUCAAGGUGCUUGCAGACUUGGAAAAGAUCCGAACUACUUUGGAAGAGGAAACUGAGCGAGUAGUCAGCUUGAGCUGCUGGGCUGAAGCAGCUGGGCUUGACGUGAAGGUACUGCAGCAGCAGUUGAGUUUUGGUUGGUAUUGCAGGGAUGAGCUCAUUAAGAGCACUCGCUCCUUAGUUCUAUACUUUGCCAGAAAUUAUAGGGGUACGGGAAUAGCCUUGGAAGAUUUGCUUCAGGCUGGAAAUCUGGGAGUCCUGGAAGGUGCAGAAAGAUUUGAUCACACAAGGGGAUACAGAUUCUCAACAUAUGUACAGUACUGGAUACGGAAAUCAAUGUCAAAGAUUGUGUCGCGACUUGCUAGAGGGAUCCAAAUUCCUUGCACAUUAAGCCGUGCAAUAUAUCAGAUACAAAAAGCUCGAAAAGCCUUAACCACCAGCAAUGGGAAAUACCCAGAUGACGAUGAAAUUGCUAAGUACACAGGUCUUUCUUUGGCUAAGAUCGAAUCAGCUAGCCGAUGCCUUAGAGUUGUGGGUUCAAUUGAUCAGAAAAUUGGAGAGUCUCUCAAUGCAAAGUAUUUGGAAUUUCUCCCAGAUACCUCGGUUCAGAGCCCUGAAGAAGUUGUCAUGAGGCAACACAUGAUACAAGACAUGCACAAUCUUUUAAGAAGCUUGGAUUCAAGAGAAAGGCAAGUGUUAAUUCUUAGAUUUGGGCUCAAUGAUUAUCAACCCAAAUCACUUGAGGAGAUUGGGAGGCAUUUCCAUGUGAGCAAAGAGUGGGUAAGGAGGUUAGAGAAGAGAGUUAUGACGAGACUUAGGAACGAAGAAACAUGCAGAAACUUAAGACAUUAUAUAAAUUCAUAGUCUCCACUUUUAUCCUAAAUGCUCUGAUAAUACCUGGUUUUGGAGUUGGGCUUAAAAAAUCUUGAGUCAUCCUAUCAUGCUCGAUGCAACAUAGGCUGGUUAAAUUUGGUUCGACAGCUCUCAAACGCCCUCGAGUCAUAUCCAUUUUCAAGAGCUUGAAAACAUGCAUCAAACCAGAAGGAGGUCGCCUUUCAAUUGAUUUAGUGUUUAUCAAUCAGCCUGCCUGACCAUCGUUCCUUCUUCGUGUACCUUGAAAUGCAUUUUACCUGAUUUAAUAGUUAAUAAUUCAUCAUUCACAUAAAGUCUGCCUUUAUAGUAAAGUUUUCCUUUUGGCUUGAUAAGAAAAAGUAUAAUUACAUUAUAUAUAUAUUUCAUUCUUCUGUGUUCUUUUUCUUAGGUGAGGUUAAUGUAUAUUAAUAAAAUUUUUAAUAUUUCUUUGAGCCUAUA